UUGCAUUUUGUGGGCAGAAAUCGUUCAAACACGCGGCCCAUCGAUGUUUGAAGAUUAGUCAGGAAAACACAUCGACCGCCGGCGUUAGCAUCCUCCGUUACAGGUGCUGACGUGCCGCGGUGUUUGCUUUACCUGAAAUCUCACCUUAUUUGCCGAGUGUCCGUGGCGGCGGCAAACAGCUCGCGCUCCCAGGGACCUGACCACCGAUGGCGGAACUAUUUGCUGGGAGCUGGGAGACCGUCAGUUCCAGACCUGCCCCGCUCGUCCCCGCUAGUCUCUGCUCACAAACCGUGACCACCGUGACGAGCAGACCGUGUCAGGUAAACUGGCUCCGGCAGCAGCCAGGUGCACGAGAAAAAAGUUUUUGUUUUGCUUCCAGAAGUGCGAUGUGAGUACAGAAUUAUUAUUUUGAUGUUGUUUGUGAGGAGGAGGGAGGAGCGAGGUUGUCAGGUGCAGGCAGCGGUCUGUGUGCAGGUCAUUCUUACGGAAACUUUUGUCGCAAGUCAGCGGCAGGUGUGCACGAAGGAGGACCUCACCUGUUGCUGCUUUAGAGUUGAUGUUUACUUCUCGACAGUCACCCCGCAGGUGUGAGAAGGUGUGUUCCAAGAAGUGACUUUCUUCUUACAGAAACCAAACAGCAAAGAAAUGACAUCUUGGAGAGAUCGCAAACGGGAGCAAAGGUCACGGGCGUGGGCUCUGUGAAGUAGACCGUGGUGAUGCUGAGGCUGGAGUGGGCGAGACACAGGAUGACAUCUUGAUAAACUACAGGCAUCAUGGGAAAUAGCGCUGUUACAACUGCCUCUCUACUGCUGUCUACUUUGUUUAUUGUGCUGCCCUCAUCGUCUGUGGGCACGUGCCCAGUCAACGUUUCUGAGCCGAUGACGUGGCUGCUGAUGGAGGGCGGGUACUACGGGCUGUCCAACAACCACGUGACUAGUGUGGGCGGGGCGAGAUGUCUGUGCACCUCGUGGACACAGACGCGACUGGCACUGCAAGAUGCCGCCUUUGAUCUUGAGGCUGUCGCAGGUUACCUGACCAAGCAUCACCUGUCUGACAAGUUCUGGGUGGACGCCGCCAGGUCCUCGGACAGUGGCAGUUACCUGUGGGCCGACGGAUGCCCGCUGUCGCCGGACAGCAGCCUGUGGGGUGAGGAGGUGCUAGGGCCGGGAGGUGCAGACUGCGUGGUUCUGUCCUCUGGCACCAGAGACAAGAUGGCGCUGAGUGCCGCAGCCUGUGACAACACGUCUGCACGUGCGCUGUGUCAGACAGUCAUACCACCUGAUAUUUUCACACAAGUUCCGUCUGGUGUGAACUUCACGUGGGUGACCCUGGGCUCACCUGGUCAGCAGUACGGCUUCUCACACACCAAGAUGUAUUUCAGUGCCGCCCGUCAGACCUGUGCGGGGCUACCCGGGGUGGCUCGUCUGGCCAGCCUCGACACGCACUUCCAGGAUGUCGUGCAGUAUAUCUUCCACAACUACCCCGACAGACAGUUCUGGGUGGAUUGCACACGGGUAGAUAAACGAAGCCCCUUCAGUUGGGGCAAUGGUGCUUGGGUGAACGACAGUUUCUGGGCGCCCCAGGAGCCCGGCCCCUAUGACCUGCUGGCGAGACUGACCAUCAAAACUCACGAUGUCCGACUGGCGGGCAUGAGUGGACAGGAGAAGGACUGCUUUGUCGUGUGUGAGCGCACCCAGGGUCCGUCCGCGGUGACCUUAGAGUGGACAGCACUGGGGUCGCCACUCCGCAACUUCGGCUUCUCCAACUGGUCGACAGACUUCCUGUCGGCAAGGCAGACAUGCGCACAGCAGGUGGGCAACGUGUCGCUGGCAAGUCUGCGAGGUGGUGUGGAGGGUCUGCACGGGUACCUGCAGCAGGUCUUCCCCCAGCGCCAGUUCUGGGUGGAUGCCACUCGAUCAGGUUCCACAUUUGAGUGGGGCGAUGGCAGCUCAGUUGACUCCCUUUGGUGGGGAGAUAAUGAGCCGCAGCUGGCCCAUGACGGAGCUGUGGUGACUGUGGAGCAGGGGGAGAUCAGGCUGGCUGGCCAGCUGCAGACAAGUGAAUACUUCUUUCUUUGUGAAGGUAGUCCAGGGCUGCACCCGGACCCCAGUCAAGCAACACAGUUCCCUACUGGAUGUUCCCGCUCUGAAGAUGUGGUCACCAUGGAAACGUCUGUUUUCUCAAGUCCUGUUGUCAGCGAGCAUCCCAGUCAGACAGAGAAUCUUCUGGAACUUGUUACGUCAUCAGUAACUAUGGCGGAGACUUCCCGAGCUGUAACCCUCCCAACGCCCAGUGUCUCGCCACCAUCAAGUCUGACGCCUACCGCGGUCACGUGGGAUCUCAGCCCGGAAAUGACCUCACAUCCACCUGAUCUUGGGUCACGUUUUACUGUCACAGCCGAGUAUGGCGACUCCAGUGUCUCCAGGCCACGACCCGUCACGAUGUCCGCGGCCAUCCACCUGAGUGUCUCUGACGCCCAGCAGUCAGUGCUGCCUCGCCGACCUCGUCUGACGCCCGCUAUUCUGUGCUAAGUUCACUAAGUUCGUUUGAU